ACACUGACUCUGUGCUGUGAUCUCUAAUACAGGAGGAGAGGCUGAAGAGGGAGGAAGCAGAUGCCAAGAAGAAGGCUGGUGAGGACGCAAAGAAGAAGUCUGCCCUGUCCAGCAUGGGCUCCAACUACAGCAGCCAUCUGCAGAAGGCUGACUCAAAGAGAGGUGGGAAAAAGGAAACUGAGAGAGAGAAGAAGAAGAAGAUCCUGGCAGGCAGACGCAAGGCCCUGAACAUCGACCAUCUGAAUGAAGAGAAACUGAAGGAGAAGGCAAAGGAGCUGCAUGAAUGGAUGCAGACACUGGAGUCUGAGAAGUUUGACCACAUCGAGAGGCUGAAGAGGCAGAAGUAUGAGGUCACAACCCUGCGUAAGAGAGUGGAGGAGCUGAGUAAAUUCUCCAAGAAGGGUAAAACGGUUCGCAGAAAGUAAACGGUACCGUUCUGCUGCUUGGAGCCCAGACUGCCACCGUACUACCGGACACGAGCAUAAUGCAGCAACAACAACACACACUUACGCUAAGAUCAUGGCUCGGACACCACUAACACUAUGUCUUAAUGUUUGCAUAUUCACAAAAGAUGUGCUACGGUCUACAGACGUAGAACGGAGCCAUUAGCUGCUGUUGUAGGAAUUAUCCCUCACGCUUUCUCUCCCUGGACUGUUUGGUUCUCAGUAUUUUUGUAAAUAAAGUGUGACUCUUCAA